AUGGACAAGGAGACUGUUGUAGGCGCUGACUUUGGGAAUGGUCCGGUGAUCCAAGAUGAGAUCGAGAGGAGCAAAGUCGGGAUCAUGAGAGCUCUUUGCGAGCGAGAAGAUUCACUUACUAAGGAGGUGGACGACCUGAUGAUCAGGCGAUUCUUGCGAGCCCGUGACUUGGACAUUGAAAAGGCUUCAACUAUGUUUCUCAAGUACCUGACCUGGAAAAGAACAAUUCUUCCGAAUGGCUACAUACCAGAGUCAGAGAUUGCGAAUGAUCUAUCGCAUAACAAGGCCUGUAUGCAAGGUCACGAUAAAAAGGGUCGGCCAAUCGUAGUUUCCUUUGGCAAUAGACAUAACCCCUCCAAAGGCAACCCUGAGGAGUUCAAGCGUUUUGUAGUCUACUCGCUGGAGAAGAUAUGUGCAAGAAUGCCRAGAGGUGAAGAGAAAUUCGUAGGCAUUGGAGAUCUCCAAGGAUGGGGAUAUUCUAAUUGUGACAUCCGCGGCUACCUUGCUGCUCUAUCCAUUUUGCAGGAUUGCUACCCAGAAAGACUAGGGAAACUCUAUAUAGUUCAUGCCCCCUACAUUUUCAUGGCUAUCUGGAAAGUGGUUUACCCAUUUAUCGACAACAAUACGAAGAAAAAGAUUGUUUUCGUGGAGAACAAGAAACUCACUGCCACUUUGCUUGAAGACAUAGAGGAAAGCCAACUUCCAGACAUCUACGGAGGCAAAUUGCCACUUGUUCCUAUUCAGGAUAGCUAG